CGCCGUGUGCCACGUGACCCUUGGUUCCGGAAGAGGAUGGCGGCGGGUGGGCGCCUGGCGCGCUGCUCGGGGCCGCGGCUCCGGCUGGGGCUCCUUGUGCUGCCGCUGCUGGCAGCCCUGAUGGCGCCGGAGCCCGCCGCAGGGACCGCCUCGGAGCCCGGGCGCUGGAGCGGAACGGCGGAAGGGAACCAGACAGAGAAUGUGUUCACCUUCUCCAAGACGAUGUUUAGCGGUACUUGGAUUAUCGUCAAAUUUCCACAUGAGCGCUGCAACAGCUCUGAAAUCGUCUUGAACAUUACAUGGUACCUCCGCAGUUCCCGUUGCCACAAUGAGGUCUACAUAAAUAAAAACGAAGCCAUUUCAUACCUGAAGAAUUAUGAAGAUGCGGUCAGCACAGUUGGGGAUGGCCAGUACACUUUGCAGAGCACCCAGAUUCAAUGCGGCCGCCUUCAUGAGCUGCACAUCACAGAACUCCCAAAGCCCCGGAAACUGAGGCCUUUACGAGGGCAACAACCUGUCGCCAGUUUGCCAGGGGUAGAAAAGCGGGAUGCCCCCAAACCUUCAGAUGACAAGAAAGAUGAGAAGGAAAAGGAGGCAGGAAGCAGCCAAAUCCCCAAAGAAGGACAAAAAGCAACAGAGAAGGGCCAGGCAGGGAAGCCCUCUGCUCCGACAGAUGGUGAAGACACCAAGAAACCUGAUGCAAAAAAGACCCCGCCAGAGCCUUCAGCAAUUGCUGCAACAUGGGACGAUGGACCAUACGUCUUCAUCCUUAGCAUCAAGAGCCAGUCUUCGAACUGGGAGAUCCCUAUUGAUGUCCAGAUGAAGCAUCCUGUCUACCAGUACAUCUCAGCUUCUGAGUGGCCUCUGAUGGUGUUCUAUAUGGUGAUGUGCAUCGUGUAUGUUCUCUAUGGUGUCCUCUGGCUCAUCCUUCUGGCCUGCUACUGGCGUGACAUCCUCCGCAUUCAGUUCUGGAUCGGUGGCGUCAUCCUUCUGGGUAUGCUGGAGAAGGCUGUCUUCUACGCUGAGUUCCAGAGCAUCCAGAGCCAGGGAGUGUCAGUUCAAGGAGCUGUGAUAUUCGCUGAGGUUUUGUGCGCUGUGAAGCGGAUGUUGGCCCGAGUACUUGUCAUCAUUGCAAGCCUGGGAUAUGGCAUUGUCAAGCCGCGACUGGGAGCCCUCUUGAACCGUGUCGUUGGUGUCGGACUCAUGUACCUGAUCUUCUCCAUCAUCGAAGGAGUCCUGCGGGUGAAAUCGGAACAACCAAACGUAGCCACCCUCGGCUGUGAAAUUUUUCUGGCUUUUGUGGAUUCCUGUAUCGUCUGGUGGAUCCUCAUUAGUCUGGUGCAGACCAUGAAGCUUUUGAAACUCCGUCGGAACUUGGUCAAGCUCUCCCUCUACCGCCAUUUUACCAACACUCUCAUCUUCGCUGUCAUUGCCUCGGUGAUCUUCAUUAUUUGGACCACAAAGACAUUCCGGCUUGCCACCUGUCAGUCUGACUGGAGGGAACUCUGGAUCGAUGAUGCCUUUUGGAGGUUCCUUUUCUCCAUCAUCCUGUUGGUGAUCAUGUUCUUGUGGAGACCAUCUGCCAAUAACCAAAGAUAUGCCUUUAUGCCUUUGGUAGAUGAAGGCAGUGAACAGGAGGAUGAAGAUGAAGAGCACAUGGUCAACGAGGCCUAUGAAGGAAUGAAGAUGAGAGGUGGAAAACCCGAAGCCAAUGGGAUCCUCAAGGGCAGCAGAGUGGAUGAAGACUUGAAAUGGGUGGAAGAAAACAUUCCCUCUUCUAUGGCUGAUGUUGUGCUGCCUCCUUUGCUGGACUCUGAUGAGGAAAUAGUGACCACCAAGUUUGAAAUGUCCAAGAUGGAAUAAAAACCAGAUCCAGACCACUUGCUCGGCCGUCAUCCCUUCCUGAUGGGUUUUGUAUAGGGAUGAAGAUGGACAUCUCCUUUUUCAUUUUUUCACUUGCAUAUAUUUAUAUAUAUAUAUAUCUCCAUAUAUAUAUAUAUAUAUUUGUAUAUGGUUAAAAAGAUUAUUUUAUUACCUUUUGCCUUUCUAACUCUGGAGCUUUUGUCAGGCCAGGACUUUUGCCUGCCCCACCAAAACUGGGGGGCAGAAGCGCUGAGGUCCCUGUUUCCUCCUGUUGGAGAGGAGGGUCCUGGAACGACACGACUGACUUUUGGCUCCGUUUGCCUCUCUCCCAGACUGCAUUUGGAAAGUGGGUUUUCCAGGGUGGAAACGCAGAGGCUACUCAGGCCUGGAGUAUUGCCUGGCUUGGGAUUACUACGGUGGUUGGACCUGUGUGGAUUGCAGGAAAUGUAACGGCUGAAGGGUGUGUGUAUAUACAAAUCCAGAGCUGAGAGGAACGUUACAAAUGUCUUGCCUUUUCUGCUCGCCUUCCUCCAGGUUACACUGUCAUCCCAGCCUUGCGAGGCCUCGGUGGUGGAAAGGUGACCAGUGACCACAAGCAUAUGCAUGUAUUUCUCUCCAUUGUUUCAUUUUCGAUAGGAGGAGGGGAAGGGAAUGGGUUGGUGCUGGAUGCUCAGGGUCUCCAUGAAAGGAAUUUCUUUAAAAGGCGUAAGAUAUGGGCACCUGUCUUUUUGAUGACAGUGUGGGUGUAUUUGCAGAGAAGAGGCCAACAGAGGCUAUACUUUUUGAAAGGGACAAAGAAAGAGGGAGUGAUGUGGAAGGUCACGGUUGUCUGUCACUAAGGCAAGGAAGAGGGCUGUGGCUGAGAUCCUAGGAAGUUCCAGCAAAACGGAACAUCCUGCCAGCGUUUCUACACCAGAUUGCUUGGCACCCAGCUCUUUUUUGGUAUUGUGAACACUCAACUCAGAGGGUCCUAUGAGCCAAAACACUUAUGGAAAGGUUGACUUGGGACAUUUUCCAAGCCAGCCUUCCCAUAAGUGCCUUGGCUUGUAGGCUUCCCAAGAGCCAGGCGUUGAUGAACCCAGGCUGAUCUCAAUGCAUGUGCUGAGUGCCUGCUUCUUCCAUGGCAGUGGUCUGCACAUUUGCUGCCACUCUUCUUGUGUGCAGGGAGUGACUGGUUAUCUCCUAGUGUAAGUGAUAAAACAGUCUGUUACACUAACCCAAUGGUCCUUUCUGUGAGCAGUUUGACACUUGGACAUCCCAGCUUGCAUUAUGUGUUAACCUCAGUUGAGUCAGGAGUUCAUUUUGCAAGGAGGAGAGGAGUGAAACCUUUGCCGCUGGAAUGGGGUUUCUACAGCCUUUCUCUUAUGUUGCUAUUACCUAAAACCCAAUGAAAACAACAUAAGGGGAGCCAUGGAUAAAGAGCAACUCAACAGGGGACCCCACACCGCUGAGCAUGAAGCCAGUUGUGUGUGGCUUUCACCUGGUUAGUUGAAGGCUCUUGGAUCAAAUUUGGUAGCAGCAACUCCUAUAUCUGUGCUCCAGGCCAGGAGCAUCACAGGGACCUCAAGAGCACAGUUUGUUAACUGACAGGCGGAGAGAGGGCAUUCCAUCCUUUCCGGUUUGAAUCUGACUUGGGGGUCGGCAUAGUAUUGCCCAUGGACCACAUCUGGAAGGAUAUGAAUUUUUCAAAGACUUGUUUUGCCUCCAAAUUUCCUCAGGGGUGUGUGGGGGCAUUUCGCCCAUGUUUUUUGGCCUCUCCCAGGCCAUUUUAGUUCCAGGGGAGGCCUUUUUUUAAAACAAGAAGUGAUUUCUUGUUGCUAAAAAAGCCUCUUCUGAGCAUAAAAUGGUCAGGAGGGUACAAAAUAUGUCCAAGAGCUCCUUAGAGCAUGUUUUGGGGCAAAGGUUUUGGGGGUGCAUGCCUCCACUAUCUCCUAAGGGGCUAAUGCUAGCCACUCACAGUUGCCCAUUCUGGUCCAAUUGGAUGGAAACCGUUUUGUUCAAAAUACAGUCACUUUUGCCCUGUCCCUCUCAUGCUCUUAGGUCCAAAGCGAUGCUCUCUUCUUGACUUGCACAAUAAAGAAGAGCCUUCCCUAUUUGGACCGCUUGACGUAGAUCAUGCCCAGCCUUAGUUCUGCAUUUUAAAAAAUAGUUUUCUAAUGAAAAAUGAAACCCAAUUGGAGCCACGGAGAGAGCUUUACUCAUGGCUUGUUUUGUUUUUGUUCUCCCCUUUCCUCUGAUCCGAUGUGCUUUGAAAUUGUCUGGAUGAUUCGGGGCGGGAGGGCAGGAAGAUUAAGAUUUCCUUACCAAGAAUCUUUAUUUAUUUUGAAAUUGUACAUAAGACUUCUGGGAGGGGAAGGUGUCUGUGUUUUAUGCAGUAAUAUUUAAAAGAAGAAAAAAAUCACACCCCCAAA